UACAAACCGAUUCGGUUGAUUGGCAACCUUGCCUUCAAAGUUACAAAUGUCACUUUUUUAGGUUAUGUCUAUAAGUUAUGCGUAUUUUUAAGUGAUUUUUACUUAUUUUCAAGUGUUUACUUUACAUUCAACUACUUAAAAUGGCUGUGUUACCUCCCGAUCCGAUUUUUUGCUUUAAAGGCGACAUGGGACACAUACAUUCACUGUGUUUCCCAAAAAAUAACCAAAAUGAAACAACUAAACUUUUGGCUGCUACUGAGGAAGGUUUUGUAUAUUUUUGGAAUUUAGAGACCAACAGGUUACAUUACAAGCAAAAAAUGGGUCAUUCCAUACAAUCAAUCCAUUCCAUAAACAACAAUGUUAUUAUACAGGAAAAAAGCGGCUUAAUUCAGAUGUUUAGUGUAGAGGAAGCUGCUUAUACUGCCCAAAAAAGUUACCAGUGCGAAGGUGGUUUUUGCAAAAGUAUACUUUUAAAUGAUAGCUGCCUUAUAGUACCUCAGGAGAAAAGCACAGUGGAUGUCGUAGAUUUAAGUACAAUGGAAAAACUUUAUAGGCUGUGUCUGGGUGAGGAUGUCAAAGUUGGCGCGCUGAUGUGUUUGGAAACAUACAAAAAAGAAGGAACUGAUUAUUUAUUGGGAGGAUAUGAAACAGGUGACGUAAUUCUUUGGGAUUUAUCGACAACUAAAAAAAUCUCACAGGUAAAAUUAAAAGACCACAUAACCUCACUUACGUUCGACGCCCAAAAUUCGCGUGGCAUAUGUGGAAACGCUUCGAACAUACUGGAAAUUUUCAACAUCGACAGGGAUUUUAAAAUGGCGCCCAAGUGUGAGGUUACGUUAACUAACGACGGGUGCAACGUUGUCAGGUUGCGUCCCGAUAAGAAGGUUUUCGUUGUGGCGGGGUGGGAUGGUAAAAUUAGGGUAAACUCGUGGAAAACCAUGCGGGCAUUGGUGGUUUUGAACGAACAUAAAGGUGGGGUGACUGACGUACAGUUUAGCCCUGAUAUUGUCAAUUAUUGGCAUAAUAAUAUUUUUGCUGCCAGUGGGUCAGAUGGAAGGAUUUCAUUAUGGAAUUUAUAUAAUUAAAAAUUGCAAGGGGCAAAUGUUACUUUAAACCAAAGCCCUUUAUGACCCCCUAAAGUCAAAAACGUCAAAAAUACAAAUGGAUCAUUUUAUUCACC